AUGUUUAUAGAGGGGGUAUGUUUUACAAAAAAAAAUUACAACUUGGCAAAACACCCAGAAAUAGAUGUCCCAAAUUUGCAAUUAAUUAAGCUCAUGCAAAGCUUUAAGUCAAAGGAAUAUGUCAAAGAAACAUUUGCAUGGAUGCAUUACUAUUGGUUUCUUACUAAUGAUGGCAUUGAGCUUUUGAGAACUUAUUUGAACCUUCCUUCUGACAUUGUCUCUGCUACUCUUAAGAAGUCUGCUAAGCCCCUCCGUGGCUCGCCGAGAUUUGAUGGAGAUAGGCCGAGGUUUGGUAAUAGGGAUGGAUAUAGAGGUGGGACGAGAGGGCCUCCCGGUGAAUUUGAUGGCGAAAAGGGUGGUGCUCCUGCUGAUUACCAGCCUGCUUUCACAGGUGGCCCACCGAGAUUUGAUGGAGAUAGGCCGAGGUUUGGUGAUAGGGAUGGAUAUAGAGGUGGGCUGAGAGGACCUCCCGGUGAAUUUGGUGGCGAAAAGCGCGGUGCUCUGGCUGAUUACCAGCCUGCUUUUAACAGGAUAAGUUCUUUUUAA